AUGCGCACUUCUACCUUUUCCACAGCGCGGCCUACGGUGGCAGGAUCAUUGUCGUCAGGCGCAUUGAAAGAAACCACAGGGGCGGUCUCCGUCAUGCCCCGCACCACCGCUGACAGCCACCCGCAGGCGACCACCAAACUGGUUCUUGAGCUUGCUGGCAAUCAGUGGUUCCAGCACCAGCCAGCGCAAGCUGUCCAGCAAGGCGGUCAUGCCAUCACCAUUGAGCAAACCCUGCUCACGACUGAAACGACGCCAGCCGGUAGCAAUUGCCAGAUUGAACAAACUUGCCUGGAAUUUUGA